CGGCACUUGCUUGGAGGGAAAAAAAAGGACCAGCAGCCUUGAACAGAACUCAAAACUGCACAUCGACGCUUAAAUCCCCUUCACAACGGCCACACAUAAAUUAUCUCAAGGUAUACUGCACUACCUGGGAUUUUUUUUUUUUUUUUUUUUUUUUUUUUUUUUUUUUUAAAGAGAGUUGUUUUUAGAUAUUUUCCCUACACUCUCACCUCCUUUGACAUCAGUCUUCUCUUUUGGUUUUAUUCUUCAAACGUCGGGCUCUACAGUUCCAAACUGUUCCGCCGGAUCUUGGACUCAUUCCCUAAUGUUCUAAUCUAAAAAUAUGGUGUCCCGGUCUGCCAGAAGAAAGCCGCAUUCGCUUCAUCAGAACGUACAGUUGGAUGUUGCGGUAUCUUCUGGAGCUUUGGUGAUUGGGAGGUUAAUUCUUCGAUAAGACAUCUUAACUGCAGUGGAGGGAUUAAGCUGUAGGUCUUUGUGUCACUAUUUAUAGGACAGAACUGUUUGUUUGUACAUAAACAGGAAUGUGUGAUCUUUUCUAAAGAGGUUGACAUUUGCUUGCACUGUUUGGAUACUGAUUUAUUACUGAUGGCAUUCAAGUGAAACCAAAAAUACGUAAUCCGCAAUGCAUCGGAGUUGCCCACCAUCUCCGAAGAGGCCUUCUUCCAGAGCUAAUGACGAAUCUUCUGUGGAAGACUAUGAAGAAGCAUACCUGGAUGUUGAUGAUGUGGAUAUGGAAUACAAUAUUGACGAUCCAGCUGAAUCUUCAGUUCAUGGAAUAAAUAUUGAGUCUAGACCAUCAUCUGUAACCACAGCAGAUUGGGAAGAACCUGAAUCCUGGAUAACAAGCAUGGCCAACAGUGAGAGCCUUCCAGUGAGCACUCCUUGUAGCAGCUCAGGAGCAUCCCCCAUAGCAGAGACUUCAAGUCAAGGUGUGUCACCUGGUCUUAAAAACAAUUUAGAACAAGCAUUCCCAUUCAACAUUCCGGAGGAUGCAGACCAAUCGUUAUCGUCGAUCAGUGAUGUUCUCCAGGUCGAGAAAGAUUUCAUGGAAUAUGUGAUGUCGUUUCCCCUGAAUGUAUCAAGUGUUCCCCCACAGUUAUUGCCAGCUUCAGCUGCAGGUGCAAAAAAGCCCCAAAAUGAUUCAAACCCUAAAAUAGGUCUUGACCAUUUAGACAAUCUUUGUAAACUUAUGGAACAACUUAGUGACUUGAAAGAGGCUAAUAUUAAACUCAAAAGAAGGGUUCAGUACUUGGAAGACAUAAAAACUUUACACGAAAUACACAAAGAAAUGGCAGGGGAAAGGAGAUUGUACAGUUCAGGACUCAGCGAAGAUGAAGUACAACAACUUAAAUCCAAACUCGAUGAAUCUCAGGAAGAUGAACAUUCAGCAGAAAGUCAACCAGAAAGUAACCAUGAAGAAAUAGAAUCCGAAGACAGACUUCAGGGACUGUACAGAAGCAAAACUGCAAAUCAAAUACCAUCCACUACAGAAUAUAAAGUAGAAAGAGGACAUAAAAGUCGCAGUGCGACUAUAAGCAAAGAAAGACGAGAGCGAAGCAAAUCUGUUGGACAUCCAAGUCAUUCUAAAUCUAAUAAACCCAAAAAAAGGCCGUCACGCUGGUCCAAAGUGAAAGAAGUUCUAGGAAUUGAAAAGGCUGAUGAGUUUUCUACCGCUGGUGAAAGUGAAGUAAGUAAAGAUGAAAGAUGCAAAGCUGAAAUGGAGAGAGAACAAGGUUUGCAAACUCGAAAGGAAAGCGAACAGUCCUCCAAGGUUCAUAAGUUAUCGUCCUCUAGAUCUCAUACGAGCGUCCUCUCUUCGAGAAGUUUUUCGGAAGCGGAAAGGCAAACCAAAAAUUUGACUCCUGUGAAAAAGUCUGGAACACUGGAUUCCAAAACUUCCCAAGCUGAAUUUGAGCGCUUUGAGAAAGAAGAAAUGGCAAAGAAAUCGCCCAAAAGUCCCUGGGGUAAAAUGAAAACAAUGAUACAGAUCCGUAAGGAUAAUCGCCAACAAAAAAGCGAAAGCAGCAGCAGCUCGCCUAGAGAUGCCAAACCCAGCAAACCAACCAAUGGAAAUCAAGAACAAACCAAUGGUCAUUCAUCAAGCCGACGAACUCAAAGAACAAAUCAUCGUCUCGUUUACCAAGAUGGAAGUAAUGUUGCUUCUCCAACGGAUUUCGAUAGCCACAUACAGAACAAUCAGAAUUCUGAUAGAAGUCCACGACAUCAGCGAAUCAACACGGGAGAAUCUGUUCAGUACCGCCAGAAGUCUUCCCAGAAAUACAACCUUCGGAAAUCAUCUGCGCCUAAUCUGGACUUAGAAAGCAAACUAAAAAUUGAGAAAUGCUCGAAUGGGUCCCAGAAAAACCGGUAUGAAGAAAUGGACUCUUAUUACAGCAUCAGAGAUCCUUCGGCACCUAAAGAGAACAAAAGAAAAAAAUCAAAACAUCGGCCUCCUCCAUUAGAUUACGUAGAAGACCAGCAGUUACCAAUCGAAGAUGAAGACAAAGAAGUUCCUAAGAGCCCUGGAUGUUCUCCGUUGACUCAGAGGAAGUGGAUGUGGACCAAAGUAAAAGAUGUUCUCAAAGGGAAAAGGGAAGAUGAAGGACCUACUUCCUUUUCAGUGCCAUCUAGUCCAGGUUCUGUCACGGAAGGCAUGACCUUCGAUUUCAACCUUGAUAAAAGCAAGGAAGAAGAAAGCCUAAAUUCUGAAUACCAAACGCCUCGCAUGUCGGAUGUUGGCCAAAGUAACGCUAUGAUACUUCCUAAUUCAUCCCCUUCCACGACCGUCACCGAGUUAUUACGAGAAUUGCAGCAAAACUUAAGUGAUGAUUUUAAUAAGAAGCUAGAGGAAUGGCAAAGGUGUCGAGCAGAAGGAAUUCACAAAUGCCCCAACCCAGAAGUUGAAAGGAAAGAUUCAUUUGGCAGAAUGCGGAAAGUUAGUAAGCCAGAGAAGAAAAUAUCAACAGGAGAAAAACUGUCUAAGAGCAAUUAUCAUAUACAGAAAAAAGACCUUAGCUGGCUUGAAAAAGAACAACAGAAGGUCGAAAGAGAGAUUAUUCGCUUAACUAAAGAAAAACAAAAGUUUGAGAAACGAGCGUUCCGGCUGAAGCAACUCAAAGAGGCUAUGACAGAUGGUGAUGGACAAAAAAAAGAGGUUUUAGUCAAAACUUCUGCUGGCGAAUUUCGAUUUGAGGGCAUUUCUGAUGCCUUUACCAAAAAGCUUUAUGAAUGGGAGACGAAAAAAGGCGUGAAUCCUGAAUUGUCCACAAUUGCACUGUUAGAUGAAUCGCUCAAGCCGCCAGUUGAUACGGUUGUCACUUCGACAUGUUCCAAUUCAGUGGGCACAAAUUCGGCAAGACCCUCCCCAGAGCCUUCAAAGAACUGUUACCAAGUUUCCAGAGCUAGUUCUGAACCAGAUUUAUCGUCGACCCAGAAAGAGACACCUUCUAACAACCAAGCUACAAGAUCCAAAUCUGGCGAUACCUUGCUUGCUGGCGAGAAAGAUAUCGUAGGUAGCUUAGAAAUCGUUAACUCCACCGAUGUUCAGCAAGAAUCUCGAGAUGUUAUGCAUCACAAUGAAGACAAUUAUUACUCUUUGCUGGAAGAGAAUAUGUAUUUGUUGGACCAGCUGAAAGAAAAGGAAGAAAUCUGCAACCAUUUGCAGAACGAACUUGAUCGGCUUGAUGACAAAACGGAGAAGACGAAUCGGACACAUCAAGAAGAAAUGGAAAAAUAUCGCCAGAAGCUUUGGGAAAUCCACAUGUCAAGACCAAGAGAUCUUCAAGGUUCUUUACACCUAAUUUCAGAAUUAAAAUCCAGAAUUGAGGAACUACAAAAGUGCAGCGAUAAGCUCAAAAUGGACCGUGAAAGGUUGGAGGAAAGUUUUCAAUUUCACAGCAACCAGCAGGCUAGGUUAGCUGAUGAUUUGAUCCGCAAAGUCAGAGAUUUCCAAGAAACCGGACCAUUGAAUUUCAACCGUGGUUGUAGACGAAAAUGGCGGAGAGUAAUAAAAUGUGAUCCAAGCAGCAUAUCAAGAAUCCACGAUUUGUCUACAAAAUUAUUACAGCAGGCAAGAGAUGUGGAACAAAGUCUCAUGGAACGCACAAGACAAGUUUGCCACCUUAGGUGGGAACUAUUACAUAGGGACAUGUCUGCUGUCUUGCUUCAAGCAGCAUUGCACAGAGUUACAAGUCAAGGUGAGCCAGUCACAAUACUUCCAACUUGGGACAAAAGAAGAAAUAAGUUCAAGAACAUCAAGGCGUGGUCAGUCGACACAACAACACGUCGUCCGUCCGAGGAUCUCGUGACGGAUGACUGGUUGCAAGAACGACUACGGCAAUUAUCGAUGACCCCAUACAAUGAUUGGGCAAAUAUUGAUUUUUCACCUAAUGAUCUUAUGGCAACGGCUCACGAGCUGAAGAAAGAAACACUUCGAUUAUCCAUUUCUAGGCCAGACAGAGUAUCUGAUUCUGAAGAGAAAAAAUCUGCUACAUGGUCUGCGGAAUCGGAAAUGGCUGACAGCGAUCGCUAUUAUGAUACAGGAUCUGCUGCAAACAGCCGCUCAUCGUCGUUCUCCAGUGGUCCAGGUGGUUUGCGAGGUUCACACUCUGAUACCAGGUUGUACGAAAGAAGUAGAGCACUACGACGUAAUUCAUCGAGCAGUAUGAGCUGCGUGGAGGCCAGUGAUAGUUCAAGUCUCCACGACAGUGACAAAGCACAUUUCUUAGUGAAGAAAUUUCCUUGGAGGACUCAGUGGAGAUCUUUAGAUAACGUAUCAUCUUCUUGCUCAUCAAGGAGUUCGGUGCUGGAUGAAGACUUGAACAAAAGCCAUUGGAGACAUAUCCGAUCCUCAAAUCGGGAAGAAGUAUUACAACCUCAAGAAGAACUUUCGGUUAACCAACUGCAGCAGAGGUAUGGCAGCUUCAGAGAAGUAGAUGAAGAAGGGGAAGAACCCAGAGUUGAGUCUUCAGUAGACUGGAGUAGUCAGUGUUUAAUAACACCAAAGCCUAUCCAUCUGGCUGCAAUUUCUGAUACAGAGUCAGAGAGAAACACGUAUUCUCCUCAUCCGUUAUCCGGGUCAAGGAACUGGAAUAAUGCAUCGCAAAUGAAACACUCAAAAAACGUUUCCUCUUAUCCAGCACGCGGCAAAACGAAAGGAAAGUUGCAGUAUUUCAGCGAACGAGCACCUGAUUUGACAACGCAAUGUGGAAAGCUAACUGAAACUAACCCAAAAUUUAGUGACGGAAAUACCUCAGAGUAUAUUAAACCUUACAUAAGUGCAACAGAAGGAAGCUUGGAAUCACUAGACAAAUAUGAAACGGCUAUAAGAGACGAAGAUCUUACUUUUAGUGAUGAACAAAACGAACGCCAGUAUUACGAUUGCACGAAACAUUUAGAAACAUUUUCGGAAUUCGAAGAAGAUCUGAAGCAAAGGAGCUCGAAACAGAUACAGUCUAGUAGCCAUUCAUCCCCUCACGAUUGCAUUUCGGACAACAUCGACAAGAAUAAGGAGACAGCUCAUCCUAGCACCAGUACUUCAGAAUACAAUAAUCGAUCCACGCCUGGAUCUCCAGAUAUUUCCAAAUAUAAAUACAAAGGUACAAAAGGAUUUGGAAGAACAAAUCGUUUAGGUUACUCUAAAAAAGAAGAUGAAGAAAGACUUGAUUAUAAAUCUCUAAGAAAUUUAAACAAUAACUCCAGUGUUAGAAAUAUUACUCCACAAGUUGAAUUGUAACAUUAGAUUCUUAGAUACUUAUAUGCUACUUUUCAGGUAAUCAUCACACGAAACCAUUAGAGGAAGUUACGCAAUUUAUAUUUUUCAUAUUCAGAAAGAAGCCAUCCAAUAAUUCACUGCAAUAAAUAUAUUAUGUAAAAA